ACGGGAAGAGAGGGAGAAAGAGCAGAGGCGUCGGGAAGUAGAAGAAGAAUGUUAGCUAUCGGGAUCUUUUCUUUUGUGGUGUAAACUAAUUUGGAUCGUCUUUUUAUUUUGGCAGAUUUCAUUGUAGACAUGUCCUUUAUGGAAGAGGAGAUCGAAGAAGACACGAGAAGAGCACGGGAAGAGAGGGAGAAAGAGCAGAGGCGUCGGGAAGUAGAAGAAGAAUGGAGAAGACUUGAGGAGGAAAGGGCGAAAGAGGAGGCCAGAAGGAAGAAGGAGAAAGAAAUGGCAAAAAGACGAAACAGACGUCGCGUUCGACGAAACACGCRACCCGGCCAAAUAUCACUACCAAGGAAUGACCUGCGUCGGGUGAUCAAUGCGCGCUCUCUGUGUUUGAACUGCGGCCAGGGAGGCCAUUACAUGGCCCACUGCCCUAGGAAGACGAACCACCCAAGCGUUCACAACUACACGUUUUCGGGACCAGUACAAAUGAAAAAAAUCCACGGCGAUAAAUAAUUUUCAUUGACAUUUUCAUUGACAUUUUCAGUUUUGAUUUUUUAUUCUAUAUUAUUA